AUGGCUGGACAUGGGCACCAGCGGCACCUGCUACCCGAAAAGGAAGAAGCAGAGGGCAGCGACUACAGCGAUGCCGAUGUUCUCCCCGACUCUUUCCCGUCUGCACCGGCAGAACCGCUGCCAGAGUUCCUGCUAGAACCAGAGAAUGGUUUCAUUGUGAAGAACCGACCGGUCCAGCUGCGCUGCCGGGCGUCGCCGGCCACCCAGAUCUACUUCAAAUGUAACGGAGAGUGGGUGAAUCAGAAUGAUCACAUCACCAGAGAGAGCCUGGAUCAGAACACAGGUCUGGUUGUGCGUGAGGUGGACAUCUCCGUGUCCAGGACCCAGGUGGAGGAGCUGUUCGGACUCGAGGACUACUGGUGCCAGUGUGUGGCCUGGAGCUCGGCCGGCACCACCAAGAGCAACCGCGCUUAUGUUCGCAUCGCCUACCUGAGGAAGAACUUUGAGCAGGAGCCUCUGGGGAGGGAGGUGCGGCUCGAGCAGGAGGUGCUGCUGCAGUGUCGGCCCCCGGAGGGCAUGCCUGCUGCUGAGGUGGACUGGCUGAAGAAUGAGGACAUCAUAGAUCCGUCGCAGGACUCCAAUUUCCUGAUUACCAUUGAUCACAAUCUGAUCGUCAAACAGGCCAGGCUCUCGGACACAGCUAACUACACGUGCGUGGCUCGGAACGUGGUGGCGAAAAGGCGGAGCAGCACAGCGACGCUCAUCGUUUACGUGAGCGGAGGUUGGUCUUCUUGGACUGAGUGGUCAGAGUGUAACGCUCGCUGCGGGCGGGGCUGGCAACGGCGAACACGCAGCUGCACCAAUCCAGCCCCUCUGAAUGGAGGAGCCUUCUGUGAGGGCCCGCCAGUGCAGAGAGUAACUUGCACCACAAUGUGCCCAGUGGACGGAGGCUGGACGGAGUGGGCAAAGUGGUCCGCCUGCGGGACGGAGUGCACACACUGGCGCAGUCGCGAGUGCCAAGCCCCUCCACCUAUAAAUGGAGGAAAGCAUUGCAGUGGCAGCAUGAUGGAGAGUAAGAAUUGCACCGAGGGGCUGUGUGCAAAAAAUAAAAAGAUCUCAGUUGAACAUACAAGCCAUCCCAUGGCUCCAGGUAUGGGUGUAGCAGUGUACAUCGGCCUGGUGGUGGCUUUGCUGCUGAGUGUCAUAAUGGUGCUCUGCGUGGGCGUGCUGGCGUACCGUCGCCGGUGCCGCCAUCUCCACGGAGACAUCACAGAUUCCUCAUCAGCCCUUACCGCAGCGUUCCACCCCGGCAACUACAAGCCUCCAAGACAGGAUAUCCCCCACCCUCUUCAUCCCUCAGCUCCACCUGAUCUGACAGCCACAGCAGGCACCUUUCGGGGUCCUCUCUUCUCCCUGCCGCAGGGAGUCAACGACAGCCCCCACAAAAUCCCCAUGACCACCUCUCCCUUGCUGGACCCGCUCCCCAGUCUUAAAAUCAAGGUGUACAACUCCUCCACCCUGUCCUCCAUGGAGCUGCCAGCCGACAUGUGCCUGGGUGACGGGGAGAUCCUCAGCCUGAAAUCUGUGGGCACCGUGGGGAGAGAGCGGGACUAUCACAGCCACACACUGUCCAGAGAGCCGGGCUUGAGCACCAGCGCCACCUUGGGAAGUCUGGGUGGACGCCUUACCAUCCCCAGCACAGGUGUGAGUUUGCUGGUCCCGCCUGGCACGAUCCCGCAGGGGAAGUUCUACGAGAUGUACCUCAUUAUUAACAAGUGGGACAAAACAACGUUGCCGUCUGAGGGCAGUCAGACUGUAUUAAGUCCUGUGGUGAGCUGUGGUCCAUCUGGGAUGCUGCUGAACCGGCCUGUGGUCCUUACUCUGCCCCACUGUGCCCAGUUGGACACACCGACACCCGACUGGACCCUCAUGCUCAAAACACAAACACACCAGGGUGCAUGGGAGGAGGUGUUGACGGUAGGGGAGGAGACUUUGUCAUCCCCGUGCUACCUGCAGCUGGAGGAGGAGUGUUGCCAUGUCCUCAUGGAGCAGCUGGGCACGUACGGCCUUGUGGGCCAGUCCUGCCCACCACGACCCGCCUGCAAGCGCCUGCAGCUGGCUCUGUUUGCCCCCCGAGCACCGUGCCUCUCCCUGGACUACAGUCUUCGUAUCUACUGUAUCCAUGACACCCCACACGCGCUCAAGGAUGUGCUGGAUUUGGAGAGGAGUCUAGGUGGAGUUUUGAUAGAAGAUCCCAAACCACUGCUCUUCAAAGACAGUUACCACAAUCUCCGCCUGUCCAUCCACGACAUUCCUCACACCUACUGGAGAAGCAAACUUCUGGCCAAGUACCAGGAGAUCCCCUUCUAUCACAUCUGGAGUGGCAGUCAGAGACCUUUGCACUGCACCUUCAGCCUGGAGAGAGCCAGCCUGGCCGUGUCGCAGCUCGCCUGCAAGAUCUGUGUCCGACAGGUGGAAGGGGAGGGACAGAUAUUCCAGCUGCACACAGACAUCCAGGAGACUCUCCCGCCGCACUCGCCACUCCCCUCAGGAACCUCCUGCAUACCUUCUUCUCAGCUGGGACCUUAUGCCUUUCGCCUACCUGACUCCAUCCGCCAGAAGAUCUGUGCCAGUUUGGAUGCUCCCAGUGCUCGAGGCUGUGACUGGAGGCUACUGGCUCGCAGUCUGGGCUUUGACAGGUAUCUGAACUACUUUGCCACAAAGCCCAGCCCCACAGGUGUUCUGCUGGACUUAUGGGAAGCGUGUCACCAAGGUGAUGCAGACCUGGUCUCUCUGGCGACAGCUCUGGAGGAGAUGGGCAAAAGUGAAGUGCUAGUUGUCAUGACGACAGAUGGGGAUUGUUGAUUGGUCAAGAAACAAAGCAAGAAGGACUUCUUUUUUUUUUUU